UGCUGUUGGUGCCGGAGCCGUGAACGUAACCGCAGCUGAAUUGGUGUGGAAACUACCCCGAGCAUCACUGGACACGCGUGGCGUGGCGUGGCUUUGUCUAUCUUUAAAAAUCUGAAUGCGAGUGGUGGUGUGGCCGAGAACCAUCCCGAAGGAACGUUUACUCUUAGCUUCCCCCUUCACCUCUCAGCCAUAAAGUGGGAACAAUGUUUGAAAGAGUAAAAUUCGCAUGGAGAACCUAUCAGAUGUUGAUGAUUAAACAUCCAUGGAAGCUCCAAAUUCUGACUUCCGGUGGAUUGGUUGGCUUAAGUGACAUCGUUUCGCAACAACUGGUUGAACGCAGAGGUUUAACUAAUCACAAUUUAAAGAGGACAGCAAAGAUGGCGACUGUUGGGUUAAUUUAUGUGGGUCCUGUUCUUGGUGUAUGGUACAGGUUGCUUGAUCGACUGGUAGUUGGACAAAGCAAAACUGCAGCUUUUAAGAAAAUGUUAUUUGAUCAGCUUGCUGUUGCUCCUUGUUUCUUGGCUGGUUUCAUUGCAGUAACUGGGUUCCUUGGCGGACUUUCUCGGGAAAAAAUAUGGUUGAAAUUUCAGAAGGAUUAUAAAAGUACUUUGAUAUCAAACUACGCAAUCUGGCCAGCUGCACAAUUGCUGAAUUUCUACUUUAUACCACUGGAACACAGGUUGGCAGUUGUCCAGCUUGUCGCCCUGAUGUGGAAUACUUACCUCUCCUGGAUGGCAAACAAAACGUGAAUGAUAUAUUUGAAUUAUCUAUAAAUUCUCUCAGUCCUGUAGCAAAACACUGAAUUUUCUUAACCAUUUGACAUGAUCUUUUACCAUAAGUUAACGUUGUAGAGUUAAACUGUUAUAUUUGUUGAACACGUGUUGGGAGGUAAAUAUUUCACUGUAUUUGUUUGUGUUAGAUCUCCUUUGUCCCAGGUUGAAACAGUAUGUCCUCUUUCCAUCUCAGUUAUGAGGACAUUAGUUCCUAAAGUAAAUGAAGUUGGAAGAGGAAAAGGUGACCAGCAGUACUGUUACUGAACUUCCUGAAAAAAACUUGAGCAACUGUUUAUUGUACUAAACAUGUAUAAAGUUAUUUUGUAAUACUAGAUUUCAGUUCAUUUUUAGGAUAAAUUAUAUGUUUCACAUGUCUAGGUGUCUUUUGGAACACUACAUUAUCUUGUGUAGUACUCUCAAUUAACUCCUAUUCGUGAGAAGUAGAUAGCAUUGGAUUAAAUUUAACUGAUCAUCAAAUUCUGAUAAUUGUUGCACUGAGAAUUUGUGCAUUGUAACAAAUUCACUAUGGGGGGGGGGGUUGUAAAACUAAAGUACAGUAAUGCACAUAGAUGAAAUUACCCUAAGUGUCAAUGAGAAGAAUAGCAACUGAACAAACUGGAGAAUAAAGAAAAUUGCAUAAUAUUAAUUAAAAUAAAUUUUAACUUCUGAUAAAGUGAAAGUGUGAAUAAAAUAUUUGCAUUUUAAGAAAAAUGCAUGUUAGUCAUUUGUGCUCAACAGUUGUUAGAAGUUGUAAAAAUGUCCUUAUACGUUUUUGUAAUCUGAGUGUUCUUUCUGUACUGUUUACGCCCAAUUAAUAACUCGUUGUAACAUCAGAAACAAACCUUUAUAUUGAAAAUGCCAUUCUUGGAGAAGGUGAGCUACAUGUUUGCCUUUUGAGGCCCAAGUAGCAAAACUGAGCAAAAAAAAACAAUUAGGUUAUAGAGGUUUACUAGGCACACUGAUAACAUUGUAACCUGACUACAUGAAGACUAUAAUAGAAAUACACAAUGGAUAAUGUUGGAAAAAUAGGAUAAAACAAAACACUGGUGUUUAUAAAAUGUUUCCUCUUUUUAAAAUGAAGCCUUAAUAUAUGCUGAACUCUAUGCUACCAUUACACAAUCGUCUUUGAUGUAUUUGGUCAUUCAGCCACACCAUUAUCAUUCCUCCUUACUGACCUAACAUUAUGCCACAAAGGCUAUUUUCAACUGGUCAAAAUCUGGUGGAUCUCAUUUUAUUGAAGUGUAAGGCAAAUAUUACAGCUAAAUUUUGAUUAUUCCUAAAGUUAGAAUUUUACUAAUUUUUUACCUUUAUUUCUGAAUGUAUUUGUUUAGAAUUUUAAUGUGGUGGUGUUCUAAUGGAUUUUUUUCUUUUAAAUUAGAAUCAAACAUUUCCCAAAUAUUGUAAAACUAAUUUAUGUUGCUAGUCUAUUUAAAUUUAGUUUUUAUUCUUAAGUAUUAGUACAACUGUAUAAAUUAACUUACUGCGAAGAUAAAUAAGAAAAUCUGAGCAUGAAGAAAUGUUAACUUGUGGAUUGUAAUUCAUCAAGAUUUAAAGGUACCUGCUUUAUCUACACUAGGUCAAAAGGCCAGCACAGUGCUAAAUCACCACUGUAUGCAAGUUUGUGCAUCACAAAAAUAAACACCACCUGUUUGUUCUGAGCCUUUCAUUUAUUCUUUAUCAUUCUUUCCAUAUGAGUCUCGGGCUGGGCGUAUUAGAAGAUUGAUCAUAGAACCAUAGAACAUUACAGCACAGAAACAGGCCUUUUGGCCCUUCUUGGCUGUGCCAAACCAUUCUUCUGCCAAGUCCCACUGACCUGCACCUGGACCAUAUCCCUCCAUACCCCUCUCAUCCAUGUACCUGUCCAAGUUUUUCUUAAAUGUUAAAAGUGAGCCCGAAUUUACCACUUCAUCUGGCAGCUCAUUCCACACUCCCACCACUCUCUGUGUGAAGAAGCCCCCCCCCCCGCCCCCCCAAUGUUUGUGGAAUCCCAGUAAGUUUCUGUAAAUUACCAAUGACUGGAAGUGGAAAAUGCAAAAAAAAUUAAAGGGAUAUUCUGUUUAUUUUAAAAAGCUACUUUAAAGAUGGAGGAAUGAGUAGUUAAUUUAUAGAUAAUUAUUUUUAUUGUUGUUUAGUAUAAUAAGCUGUGUAUAUAUACUGCUCAGAAGCAUUCACUGUCCUGUUUCACAUUUCCUUAUACUGCCUCUGAUACCUAUUGUACCUUCUGUAUUGUUAGUUUGAUAUUCAACUCUUUAGAAAUCAGUCUGAAAUUGAGACAAUUUAUUACAAAUCAUUAUUAGUUUUAAUGAUUACGGUUUGGGAAGCAAAAUUGAAUUUGUUUUAUUCUGAAAAUUGUCAUUCCAGUUUGGAAUUGUGAUGAGCAGAAAAUACUUUCAGGGCAAUAUAGUUACAAUUUAAGA